AUGACACCUAAGAAAUUUAAGCAUAAAGCCCUGGGCCUUAAGCUGAGAAGAGCCAGAUGUAACUUCAACUCAACGUUAAAGGUCAACACGACCACGGGUCAAGUGACCUUGAACAAACAGCUGGACUUUGACCUUGGUGCCAGAUACCUGGACAUCACGGUGGAGGUGUCAGACCUGGGCACGCCGUCCCUGAGCACCACGGUGAUGCUCGGCUUCCGGGUGUCGGAUUGUGACGACUACCCCCCGGUCUUCACCCCCAGCGUCUUUACUGCAAGAGUCAGAGAAAAUGCUGACGUAGGUACACUCGUUUUGUACCUGUCGGCCACUGACGCUGACUCCCCCAACACGGAACUUUCCAGAAUAACGUUCGGGUUUGAGAGUCCUUGUUCUAAAGACUGGUUUAAGAUCGACCAAUAUACAGGUGCUAUUUUUGUGAAGGAACUCCUGGACUGGGAGACGGCACCAAAUGUGACGUGUCAGGUUUAUGCGUACUCGUCCACCAAGUUCGCUGACCGGUCCAAGACUGUGGUGACCAUCAGUCUGGAUGACAUCAAUGACAGGGCCCCUGAGUUUACCAAGUACUUGUUUGAAGGAAGUGUUGUAGAAAAUGCCGUGGCUGGAACCUUUGUCAUGAAUGUUAAGGCCGUGGAGUACGAGUACGGACUGAACGGGAUCUUUAAAUACAGCAUGCCUGAUAAUUCUACUUUCGCUAUCGAUGCCAACAGCGGGGCCGUAACUCUGACUGGCUCCGUCGAUUACGAGCAGGACACCAUUUUUCUAGUGCUGGUGCAGGCGGCCGACGAGGGCACGCCGUCCUUGACCUCGCAGACCUUCGUCAACAUAAAAGUACUUCCGGUCAACGAAUUUACCCCCGUGCUCAAGGCGUUGGCAGCGCAGAAUAUUCUAGAGAACAUUGAUCCAGGGACAGAAAUUGUGCAAGUAUCAAGCACCGACGCCGACCACGGCGACGACGGGAAAGUUCUGUAUUACCUACAAGACCCAAAUGUGCCAUUCAUUCUCAAACAGGAAACAGGCAUGCUGAGCGCAUCUUCUGGAAUCAACGCUGAGGUCACUGACCACUACGAUCUGGUCAUUCUAGCAGUUGACCAGUCAAAGACGACCAAACGGACAGGAACAACAACUCUGAGGGUCAAUAUCGUGGAUGUCAACGACAACCCGCCUUUAUGCCAACCCGUGGUGCCAGUGGUUAUAACGGCACCGUUCAGCCUGACUAGUCCUGUGGUCAAACUCUCCUGCUCCGACGCCGAUUUGACCGGUAAAACUUUGAGUUAUAGAGAAGUUGGCGGCGAUCCUACGGACAUAUUCAGCGUUAAUUCUCUAGACGGUACAAUUAAACUCAACUUUUUAGACGACCAGACAGUCGGGGUGUAUAAGAUACUUUACGAAAUUUCCGACAGCGGCGAUCCUUCACUAACCUCAACACUUGCUGUCAAGAUCAGCAUCAGAACAAAUCUCAAAUUCACCAGUUUACCGACAGGAAUAAACAUCUACGAAAACGCCAGCUUAUCACAAAUCUUAUACAACGUUACGGCCACCGGAACAUUCGAGUUCAUUAAUUACGCUAUUAAAACCGGAAAUGACGCAGGGUAUUUCAACCUCCACCAAACUUUAGGCACUCUGAGACUGGUCCGUGAGCUGGACAGAGAAACGUCAUCGUCUUUCACGCUUGGUUUAACAGCAACCACACCCUCCGGUCUGGUCACCACCAGCACGCUCGCCAUCACUGUCUUAGACUGCAACGACAACGCUCCGAAAUUUUCAAACAGUUUCUAUUCUAUUUCUCUAUCAGAAAGUCUUGCAUACCCAACAACGGUUAAAACUAUCACAGCAAAGGAUUCCGACUUCGGGGAUAACGCUGUCAUCAAAUACUCCAUCAUUUCCGGAAACACAGACAACACUUUCAUCUACGAUCCGAAUUCCGGGAAUCUUAUUCUACAAAAAGCGUUGAAUUUCGAGCAAACACCUGGAUAUUCGUUAACUCUACUUGCAGUAGAUCAAGGCACGCCUCAGCUCAGCAGUACGACGAUUGUGUUUGUUACGGUAGUGAACGAGAACGAACCGAGGCCGAUCGUGAUAUCCCCAGGGUACACAACAACCUUGACCCUGUCAGAAAACACUGCCGUGGGGGCCAAUGUUUUGCAUAUCACAGCUGGGGACCCCGCGGGGGAAACUGACUUGAGGUAUUCGCUAGCUAACGAGAGCGUGGCGGGGAGUUUCUCUAUAGACGAGCGGCUCGGCGAUGUGUAUUUGAACUACGAGCUGGAUAGAGAAACAAACCCGUCGGUUAUUUUUGACGUCAGGGUAACGAAUGUAAACGGACAGUCCAACACGACGCAUGUGAUCAUCACCGUCUCUGACGUCAACGACAACGACCCGCAGUUUGGGACGGGAAAUUUGGCAUUUACAACACCGCACGGCACCCCUCCUGGUGUAGUAGUUGAAAUUCUCAGCGUAACAGACCCAGACGAAGGUUCGAACGCCGACCUAACCCUGUCUAUUGUAUCAGGAAACAACGGAAGUGCUUUUACCAUCACUGGCUCGUCUUUAACGACAUCUACCAGACUUGACGCGAACGUACAAGACACCUACACUCUGGUUGUCAUGGCAACCGAUGCCGGAAACCCGCAGCGGAGCUCCAGCGCUUACGUCACGGUGUUGGUGGAACCCGAGGUCAAACCUCCGAAAUUCGUCCCGAAUUCGGAUACGAUUUCCGUGGAGGAGACGCGAACUCCCGGGUCCAUGCUGUACGAUCUAGACGCCACGGCCGCGGGCGCGAGAGAAAACCAAGACGGGGACUUGAUCUACUCGGUUAAAAGCGGGAACUCCAACUCGACGUUUAACGUUGAGGGGUUAAGCGGAGGGAUACAACUGGCUGGACCACUGAGCUACUCUAGAGCGUCCGUGUAUAAUCUCGUGGUUACCGCAAGAAACAUCAAGAACAUCUCGGUUUCUGACGAGUUCACUUUAACGAUAACAGUUCUCCAAGUUAAUCUCCACGCCCCUAUGUUUUCUAGCGUCGUCUACUCGUGGGUUGUCGACGAAACAGCGGCUGUCGGCACGGCUGUUGGUCAAGUUUUAGUCACAGAUGAUGACCUUGGGUUAUACGGUACAGUGACCUACAACUUAACUCCGAGUUCUACUUUUAUUAUUGAUACUUCCGGUAGAGUCAUAUUAAACGACGCGCUGGAAUACUCCACAACCGCGAGCUACAACUUGGUCGUCAUAGCAACGGAUAACGCCGGGGUCAACAGCCUCAGCUCGAGCUGUCUGGUUCUCAUAUCGGUCAAGGACAGCAAUAACCACGCCCCGGUGUUUACCGUCACCACGUAUGACGUCACAAUUCCGGAAACGCUAUCGACUAAGGAAACGUUUUUCAGCGUAUGGGCGACAGACUUAGACUCAGCCGCUAACGGGAUUAGCGGUUAUAAAAUUAUCAGUGGCAACGUCUACAACACCUUCAUCAUAGACAACACGGGGGCGCUUCAGCUUAAUCUUCACUUAGAUUAUGAAUCCGUCCGUAAAUACACGCUCACCGUAGCCGCAGUGGAUUCUGGGGGUUUAUCCGGCACGGCGCAGGUCACGGUGAAUGUACUGGACGAGAACGAUUACGUCCCGUACUUCGAUACCCACGUAGUCGAUAUCGCCGUGGACAGAGACACGCGGGUAUCGACGCCGGUCUUCACGGCUUCGGCCGUCGACCGGGACGCCGGACAAAAUGGCGUCGUUAGAUACGUCAUCAAAAGCGGAAACGACGACGGGUUAUUCAGCAUCGAUGUCGCCACAGGUGUCGUAAAAACAGCUGCAGCUCUGGACAAGGCGAAUCAGUACCAGAAUUUGAUUGUGUACGGAAUCGACCGGGGAUUGCCGGCUUUGACCGGCACUCUGACUCUCGGGAUUACACUGACGCCCGUGCUCAGCCCGCCCUCUGGUGACUACAGCUUCUCUGUGAAGGAGAACUUGCCGGUUGGGACCUACGUGGGGACGAUACUAGCAAACGCUCCCGUGACGGUCAACGGGUACAAGAUCACUAGCGGCAACUACGCGAAAAGUUUCUCCAUAAUAAAAGAUGCGACAACAAGGUCUGGGCUGCUGAAGACAAACAAAAUAUUGGACAGGGAGGAUUUUGACAUCUACCAGUUGGUCGUGGAGGUCUUGGACACAUCAGGGACAUAUACUGGGCAGUACGUCGUCGUUGAAGUGAUGGACCAAAACGACAACGCCCCAACUUUUGACAGUUCUACUUUACAAAUAACAACCGUCGAGCACCUGGCCAGUGGUCACGUCAUCGGCCGGGUGGGCGUGACGGAUAAGGACGGCCCGGGGGUCAACAGCGAGGUGGAUCUAUCCAUUUCACCUCUGACCCCCAUCGGCAGCGUGUAUUUCUCCAUCGAUUCAGCCGGCGAUCUAACACUGAAGCAGGCCCUGAAUCACGACGUCGCCCCAACUGUGGUGGUGUACAUUGUGGCCACAGACCGUGGGGCCCCAAAACUGUCGUCAACGGGGACCGUCACAGUGACGGUUGCGGAUGUGAAGGAGACUGCUUCAAAUUCGAGGGCUCAGGGUUAUCUCUUAGAUGAGGAUUGUUAG